CGCGCCGCGCAGGCGCACUACGAAGUGCGCCAAUAAAUCGUUGACCGGUGGAGAUGCUGCGGCCGGGGCUGCUGUGCCGUCGGUGGCUAAGGCGCUGGGACGCAAGGGUCCCGGCAGAGAACCUUAGUUGCCGAGAGGUCGCUUCUGGCAUCCCCCCUUUAGGCAGCACUUCUCCUGGAGCUCUAAAUAUCUUCGACCGGGCUUUGAAGAGAAAACAGAAAAACUGGGCGGCUCAGCAGCCGGAGCCGAUGAGAUUUGACUACCUGAAGGAGGAGGUUGGAAGUCAGAUCGCAGACCGUGUGUAUGACAUAGCAAGAGAUUUCCCCCUUGCUUUGGAUGUCGGUUGUGGAAGAGGUUAUAUAGCACAACAUUUGAAUAAGGAAACCAUUGGAAAGUUUUUCCAAACAGACAUUGCAGAACAUGCUUUGAAAAAUUCCCUAGAAACAGAAAUUCCUACUGUCAGUGUUUUAGCUGAUGAAGAAUUCCUUCCCUUUCAAGAAAAUACAUUUGACCUGGUGGUUAGCAGCUUAAGUUUGCACUGGGUUAAUGACCUUCCUCGAGCACUUGAACAGAUUCAUUAUGUUUUAAAACCAGAUGGAGUAUUUGUUGGAGCAAUGUUUGGAGGCGACACACUCUAUGAACUUCGGUGUUCGUUGCAGUUAGCAGAAACAGAAAGAGAAGGAGGAUUUUCUCCACACAUUUCUCCUUUUACUGCUGUGAAUGACCUAGGACAUCUACUUGGGAGAGCUGGCUUUAAUACAUUGACUGUGGACACUGAUGAAAUUCAAGUUAACUAUCCUGGAAUGUUUGAACUGAUGGAAGAUUUACAAGGUAUGGGAGAGAGUAACUGUUCCUGGAAUAGGAAAGCCCUGCUGCACCGAGACACGAUGCUGGCGGCUGCGGCAGUUUACAGAGAAAUGUACAGAAAUUCGGAUGGUUCAGUACCUGCCACAUACCAGAUCUAUCACAUGAUAGGAUGGAAAUACCAUGAUUCUCAGGCAAGACCAGCGGAAAGAGGUUCUGCAACCAUGUCAUUUGGAGAGCUAGGGAAACUGAAUCUUAUGUCACAGGGGAAAAAAUCACAAUAAAUGUUUUAUUCAGGAGCCAUAGCGCUGUCAUCCUAAUCCAAGUUCGCUGUCCUCUUGUCAUCUUAAGUUUUAAAAUUUGGAAACAAGUCAAGUUCAGAUAGCUUAGAAUUGGUAGGAAGAAGAUGGUGAUAUACCAGAAGCAAUAAGGAAGCUGGAAGCAAACAAGAGUGAGUUCUAAGGCUGUUUUCUCAAAUUAGUGACAAGCUAUUUGCUGUUGUUUUUUGUUUAACCUGGGCUUGGCCCCAGCCUCUCUAGUGUUGGACAGUUUAUCAUGGUGUUUACUUCCUUCUGCCGUCUCAGUCUUUCUCCUGCUUGACUACCCUCCUGCUAUCUUACAAGCACCAGGCUGUUCGUGAGUAGAGGGCAUGUCUUACUCUGUAUAGAGCAUGGUAUUUUGCUCAUAAUAGAUAUUUGUUUACAUUUUGAAUAGAAUUAAAUUAUGUAAAAACCAUGCCUUUUGAAGGACAAAGUAAAAAACACAGAUUUUUUUUUUUGGUUUUUAGUUUUUUUUCCGGUACCAGGAAUUGAACUCAUGACCUUGUGCUUGCUAGAUCCCCAGCCCAAAACCCAGAUUUUAGAGGCGAAAAAUUACUGCUGGGAAAAAUCACUGGUAACCUUAACACUGGUAAAUUUGAUAGCUUUAUUGUUUUUUGUUUUUAACACAAAGUGAAAAAUAGUACAUGUGUUUUUAUUUUUUCCCUUUUUUAGAUCAUUUUCUUUAUUAGUACAUGUUUAUAGUACAUAAUGUUUACAUUUCUAGUGUAGAGGUGGUACAUGUACCUACUACAUCUUAAUUCCUUUUUUGCUCUAUGUUCCCAAAAGGACAUGAGCAUAUAUGCAUUAAUAUUUACUUUUGAAGAAUGCAUAUGAAAUUUAAGUGUUUAUUGCUGAGGAGCAAGGUGUGUGUGUGUGUGUGUGUGCGCGCGCGCGCGCGCGUGCGCACGCUCGCAUAGUUACAUGUGCGUUAGUCGUUCUAUGACAGUGCUUGUUGUCAGGGGUCCCAGGCAUGGCCAGAAAGUAGGAAGAAGAUUUAUACUUUCCUAUUUUUAAAAUUUUUCUACAACUUUGAAUUUUCUUAACAAACAUGUUAUUUCUGUUUAAUGUGACAGUAGUAAAAGUACUUUUUAAGUUAUUCCUAGCUUUUUUUUUUUUUUAUUUUUUUUGAUACCAGGGAUCAAACUCAGGAUCUUAUGCUUGCCAGGCAGGUGCUUGUGCCUCUGAGCUAUCCCCAACUUUAAGUUAAUAUCUACUUAAAAUGGUCUGUCAAGCUCUAAUUGUUUGGAACCCUCAGGAAAUUCAUUUCUUUGAGUAGUUGUGUUUUCCAAAUGAGGAAGAGCUCAUCAUUUGGAGACAAAACUUAGGUUUUUUUUUCUUUUUUUUGUGAGACAGGGUCUUGCUAUGUAGUUCAGGCUGGCUUUGAACUUGCUUAAGUAUCCUAGGCUGGCCUCCAGCUCAUGGUGAUCAUCCUUUCUCAUCCUCAGGGAUUAUAGGCAUGCAUUACCAUGUCCAACUGAAACAAAACUUUUUAAGAAAGUCUUAUCAAAACUCUUUCCAGCUUUAGGUGUAUAUAGCUUAGUUGUAGAACACUUGCCCAAUUUGCAUGAGGCCCUGGAUUUAAUCCUUGCCACUGGAAAAAAAAAAUUACCAUUUCUUGACAAACCCAGUUACUGUCAUAAACUGAGGAUGGACUUUGUUGUUUGUUCCCAAAUUGACUAGCCCCCAAAAUGAGGUGGUUUGUUUUGAAUCUCUUUUCUACACUUUCCUCACUUGUUGUCACUUGGCAGUCUUAACCUAACAAAAGUGAACUUCGUUAAGUUAGUUCUUGCCCCUUCUGAUCUGUUCUAAGAUUAGUAUUCAGAUUAUAAAAUCUUGAACUUGUGUAUAUAGUAGGAAAAUGGAAGUAGAUUCUGGGAGAAGGACUAUCUUUUGGAGAAAAAUUCAUAAGCUUUAUUGGUUCUUUGAACAAGUCUUCACUGAGCUUCAUGUGCCAGUCACCCAAGUAUUCUCUACUAGUUGUCCAUCUAGUAGGGCUUCAGUGUAUGGACACGGUGACAUCUGUUGGCUAUUAGGAGACCUGGAUUAUUUCCUGCUUCUUGGCUGUUUUCUAGGUUGCUGGCUUAGACUAGAAAAUUCCAGAGGUAGCAAUGUGGGAAAUAUUUUGGUGGUCGGGGCGGUUUACUGGGAAUUGAACUCAGGACCUUGUGCUGGCCAGGCAGGCACUGUGCUGCUGAGCUGUAUCCUCAGCCGAAAAAUUAUAUUUUUAACUCAAAGAUUGUUUAUAGAGAAACUUCUGUAAGGAUGGAAGAGGCCCACAUAUAUCAAGUAUGUAAUGUGGUUUUAGGAAGUUAUAUAAGUGUGUAACUUGUGAAGCACUUGUGAAGUCUUUCAUUUCAAAUCCUUUAGUACCAUUUUCAUCCACUAGGUGGAAACAGCUACCUUGUGGAUAGUGUUGAAGACCUGUAUCACAGUUUUCAUACUGAUUAUAUAUCCCUUACGUAGAAAUGGAAUGAAAAUGUGUUACUAUGAAUUGGCUUCUUGCUAGGAUAGUAAUGAAUAUUAGACAUUUGGAAGAAAAAAUAUUUUAUAUGCAAUUAUUAUUUUAUGCAUUCAUAAAUUUCCAUUAGCUUGUCUUGCCUUAGAUGAAAUGUUUUGAACAUCUUUUGAGAGGGCAAGAGAGGAUUUUGUGGUUAAUAUGAAGUUUAGUUUCAAAAAACUUAUCGUAAGUGGAUGUGCCCUUCCAGAAAUUCCUAUAUUUCAACUUUCUGCUUAGGUACUUGGCAGAUAAAUCUUGCUGGUUUAAAAAGCAUUAAUUUGAAAAUAAUGGUGCAGUGAGCCCUGAUAAGUUGUUACUAACAGAUGAGGAGAUAAUAUUUUGUUAUCUGUGGUGAUGUUAAAAUAUGUCCACAAAUUCUUUGAUAUGCUUCUUUCUUUACUUUUUAUCUGUACACGUUAGCAGCACACAAUGAUUACAUUCUGUGGUGGAUUGACAUCUGGUGG